AUGCGUACCCAGCUUCCUCCAGGACCAGUUCCCCUCCCCAUCAUUGGAAAUUUGUGGCUGCUGGACUUCAAACUACGCCGAGAAACUCUCAGUAAGUUUAUAGUUACAAAUUUCCUGUUAUCAACUCUUCAGUUAACCAACAUCUACGGAAACAUCUACACACUGUGGAUGGGACAGACACCUCUGGUUGUGCUCAAUGGAUACAAAGCAGUAAAAGAUGGCAUUGUCACCCACUCAGAAGAAGUUUCUGGAAGACCUCUCACCCCUUUCUACAGGGAUAUGAUGGGCGAGAAAGGUAUUUUCCUGACAAAUGGCCACACCUGGAAGCAGCAGAGACGCUUUGGCAUGACAGUUAUAAGAAGUCUGGCACUUGGUAAGAACAAUUUGGAGCAUCAAAUUCAAAGAGAGGCCUGUCACCUUGUGGAUAUCUUCACAAAUACAAAAGGCAAACCUUUUGAUCCCCACACUUCCAUCAUCCAUGCAAUUGCAAAUAUCAUUUGUGCUGUUGUUUUCGGUCAUUGCUUCUCCAGUGAGGACGAAUCUUUCAGCAAACUCAUCAAAGCUAUUUAUUCUGUGAUCUACUUUCAAGGGACUAUCUGGGGCAGGCUGUACGAUGCUUUCCCAUGGCUCAUGCACCAUCUCCCAGGGCCUCAUCAGGAGGUGUUUGCAUACAACGACUUCAUGCACAGAUUAGUCAUGGAGGAGGUUCAGGCUCAUGAGAGACAGAACACAGGUGAUCCACGGGAUCUCAUUGACUUCUACCUGGCUCAAAUAACAAAAACCAAGGACGACUCUACUUCUACAUUCAAUAAAGAAAAUAUGGUUCAGACUGUGGUUGAUCUUUUGCUGGGAGGGACAGAAACAACAAGCACCACCCUUCUCUGGGCACUGCUCUACAUGGUACAAUACCCAGAAAUACAAGAAAAGGUUCAAAGAGAGAUAGAGACUGUACUGGAACCCUCCCAUGUCAUCAGCUACGAAGACCGUAAGCAGCUGCCCUACACAAACGCGGUGAUCCACGAGGCCUUGCGCUACAGCAACGUCACCUCUGUCGGGGUCCCUCGACAGUGCCUGAGGAGCACAACUCUGCUGGGUUUUCACAUUAAAAAGGGCACGCUUGUGUUGCCAAAUCUGCACUCCGUGGUGUAUGACACUGAGCACUGGGCAACCCCUUGGAAGUUCAACCCAGAUCAUUUCCUAGAUUUGGAUGGCAACUUUGUGAACAAAGAGGCAUUCUUGCCUUUCUCAGCAGGGCACCGUGUAUGUUUGGGGGAACGAAUGGCACGAGUUGAACUGUUCAUCUUCUUUACCAAUCUCCUUCGGGCAUUUACAUUCCAGCUCCCUGAGGGGGUGAAGGAAAUCAAUCUGGAGUACAUUUUGGGUGCAAUACUGCAGCCACAUCCAUAUAAACUCUGUGCUAUUCCACGCUAGUCUGCAACACACUACAAUGCUGAGACUUCAACCGGUGCAAAUCGUUCAAAAACAUACUUCACUAUUUCAAUUCUAUUAAGAUGGAGAUAG